UGUGAAUCUACCAACGCGUCGUUGUGAUAGUCUUUUUAUGUCAGCGUGCCUUUUGUAUUUGGUGUUAUCUGCCAAAGGAAAGUUUGUCAACUACAGAGGAUCGACCGCUUAUCAAACGAUGUUUCGAAUCUGUUCCAAACGUCAAUGGAAAUCGGAAGCUUGCAGUAGUUGGAACUUGGCCAGUGAUUUUUAG